UGUACAGUGCUGGCAUUUAUGAAAAGUCCUGAUAUCUGUAGACUCUACUGUGGUUAAUAGAAGAAAGUACUUACAAUAGAAGACAGGAAGGAGAGCAGAGAGCAGUUGUGCCCUUAAUGAACAGUCCUGACAAGAAGUCCUCACGUAACCACCUAAAGUGUAGGGGCGGCCCUCCACCUCAGUGAAAAAUGUCCCAUUUUACCCGUCCAUCUGUUACGAGAGCGCUGUUGUUGACCCUUACAACAAUUCUGACCGUUACCUCAGGUCAGGAACUUGAGGCCUACUACAAAGCUUUGGAUCCUGGUUAUUCUUAUGGUUAUCUUCAGGCAAAUCCAUCGGAAAAAUUCUAUAAGAGAAAAAGUCUACUGGGAUGUGCCGGCAUCGCUCUAAGCAGCCAAUCAGAAUUCUUUACUUACAACAAAGUCAGCCAUGUUUGUAAGAAUUACUCACCGAAAAAUAUAAUGACAGUCGUCAGCACGAAUGACACCAACGAGAUUUCAUUCUAUAAAAACAGCCAAUGGAUCAAAGCAUAUGCCCUGUCAAUGGGCGCUGGUACCGACGUCUAUCAUUCAUUUAUAAAUAAAGGAGAUUCUUCAACCUGGAACGUGGACAAAUGCAAUGGUGCCUUUUGUCCUAACUUCUUCCGACAUCCUAUUCUCGAUUUCUGGAGUCAUCUUCCAAUUGAUGAGGUGAAACUAGUGGUUUAUAAAAACCAAACAGCUGUAGCUAAUAUCGUGUUCGAUGGACGUAAUACAACCCUUGAAAGCUGGUUUUCUCAUGAAAAGUUGAAAAGUUCUCAUUGGACCGACUUAACUCAAAGCCAUGUGGCUUACUUCUCACUCGGACAGAAUUGGGGACGUCGUUUCUACGUGUGGUCUUACGAAGAAAGUUGUGAAACAGAUAUGGGUUGGAUGGCUAUUACUCAAAUGAGUUGGUGUGACUGGGAGAAGAAUCUUCCUUUGCCGACAAUACUCUACUCAGGGAAAAGUUCGACAACCACAUUUAAUGAAGGUUUGGAAAUAGGUGAUUCCAUGGCCAUCUUCAUCCGCCUAAAACCUUAACUAACCAAUCAAAAGAUUCUGUUUUAUACAACGUGACCACACGGCUUCAGCCAACGGAAGCUGUUAGUUAUAUAGUAGAAACUGGGACAAUAAUUGGAAGACACUUGUCCAAGGUGUUGCACCGUAGGAUUGAACUCCAAAGCACAUGAUUACAAAGCAAGCUUCUUAACCACAUAAUCACGCCUGUAUCUGUGUGUCUACGUGUAUGUGCAUGUGUAUGUAAGCUUAUUAUAUGUGUGUGUGUAUGUGCGUACAUCCAGGGUGUCCCAAAAUUAACUAUUUCAGUGAAAUCGGACAUUUUUUAGAAAUUUCUUUUUAUUUAUGUUUAUCCUGUUUAAUUUUUGUUAAAAAUGUAUAAAAGUUUAAUUUUGACUCUAAUUUAACAAAUUUUUAUAACGUAUUUUUACAAUUUUACUUUAAUUCCCGUUCGAUCCCGCUUAUCUGUCAACGACAUCUUUCAUUUCAAUUUCGCUGCAAUCAUCUUCUCUAGCUCCAUCCCCAGGAUGGAGCAAAGGUUAAAGAAUCGUUAAAGAAUGUAUUCAGUUAGCAGUGCAGAUAAAAUAUUCCUAAAAUGCUUCAGAAUGUGUUUCACAAUGCUAAGGAUAGAUUUGAAAUUCGCAAGGAUACAGACGGAACACAUGUUGAAAAUUUUCAAUAGAAUUUUGUCGUAAGAUUUACAAAUCUAUUUGUUUUGGUAUCGUAAUUAACUAAUAAACAUAAAAUUUUGUCAAUUAUUUAAAAUUUUAAUUUGUCCAAUUUCAAUGAAAUAGAAAGUUAAUUCUGGGACACCCUGUAUGCGGUACUCCUGCUUGUGUGUGUGUUUAUAUAUUCAUAUAAUCUUUAACCUACACUUUAUAUAGUUUAGUUUUAUUUAUUGAUUAAAUUAAUUAUUGAACUGCUCGACAGGCAAACAAUUUGAAAACGAUUAAUAUUCAUAAUCCAUCUGACAAUGUAAGUUUUGUUUAUAUUUUUAAUAUCCGGGGAUACAGUAAUUUCACUAGUCCUCUAUGUAAAUGUAAAAAUCCCCACCCACGGACACAAUUUCAAAACCGCUUGACAAUGCACGAAACUUUCCUCUCUUAAGACACGUUGUAACAUUCGUUGAUUAAAUAAAAAAUAUAUUAAUAUA